AAAGUCGUUCGGAAACUCGUAAGAUGAGCUCCACGUUUCCCAUUUGGAAUGUAUCAGAAUCAACCAAUAGGAACCUCUAAGCAAAAAUCGUACCCAUAUUUUCACUCGGAGGUUCUGAUCUUUCCGAGUUGUCUUGAAAGCAUCACGUGUGAGUUCUAGUCUAUGAGGUAAUAAUAGCCUAUUGCAGUCGAUGCUAUGUGCCGGGAGGAAUUGAGGGGAGCUGUUUCCAUGUCUUUCGCUUUGAAAACAAUUGUGGUUCUACCCAAAAAUGUAGGUCAGUAGAUCACUGGAGCAAACGCACACUCGAGGAAGUCCUGGGAUGCGCUCGUGAGAGUUUAAUAAUUUGGGGCAUAUUUGUGGCAUUCUACCAUUUAAUUUAACAGGACCUUUACCCAUAGGAGAAAACAAUAGCCUUCCUGUCUCUCGGCCUGACGUCAUAACCCCACGCCUGGCAGGAGCCAUGCCUCAUGUCAUAACCCCACACCUGGCAGGAGCCAUGCCAAUCCAAGAGCUGCCUAGGAAACGGAAGGGGGAUCUAGACAACAGGGAAAAUGGUGAUGCUCAAAUGGAGGAGGAACAGAGCAGAUCGGAAGACGAUGAUCAGCAGGUCAAAAUGAAAUGCUUCAGGGAGCCACACAGCCAAAUUGAAAAGCGGAGGAGGGACAAAAUGAACACCCUUAUCGACGAGUUGUCAGGGAUAAUUCCCUCCUGUAACCCCAUGGCCAGAAAGCUUGACAAACUCACGGUGCUGCGAAUGGCUGUGCAGCACCUCAAAGCCCUGAAAGCAGGUGCCAGCAGCUCCUUUACUGACGUUAACUACAAACGCAAGCCUUCGUUUCUGCCUCAGGAUGAUCUCAAGCACCUGGUGCUCACGGCUGCAGAUGGGUUCCUGUUCGUGGUGAGUUGCGACAGGGGGAAGAUCCUCUUUACCUCAGAAUCCGUCUCCAAGUUCCUCAACUACAGUCGGUUGGAACUAAUUGGACAGAGUCUUUUUGAUUAUGUCCACCCAAAGGACAUUAGUAAAGUGAAAGAGCAGCUGUCAGCCUCAGGAUUAUACCCUCGCGAACGGCUCAUAGAUGCCAAAACAGGGUUACAGGUCCAGGACCUUCCUGUGGGAGCAGUUCAACUGUGUACAGGGGCACGGCGCUCCUUCUUCUGCCGCAUGAAGCACAGCAGAACAGUUAUGAAGACAGAAGACAAAACCAUCCAGCCCAGCAGCUCCAAGAAAAAGGAGUCUCAACGAUACUGCACUGUCCAUUGCACUGGUUACAUGCGGAGUUGGCCCUCCACCCAGCUGGAUGCUGAGAGCGACGAUAACGAGUCCUCCCAUCUGUCCUGCCUGGUCGCUGUGUGCCGCAUUCACCCUAACAAUGCCUGUCAGCCCUCACGAGAGGUCAAGGUCAAACCCACCCAGUUUGUCACUCGCUUUUCAAUUGACGGCAAGUUCACCUUCGUGGACCAACAAGCCACUACUGUUCUGGGCUACUUGCCACAGGAACUACUGGGGACGUCGUGUUAUGAGUACUUCCACCAGGACGACCUGCAACAACUUGCAGAGACACACAGGAAAGUUCUCCGCAGUAAAGAGAAGAUUGAGACCAGCUGCUACAAGUUCAAAACAAAACAUGGCUCCUUUGUCAUGCUUCAAAGUCAGUGGUUUAGUUUUAUAAACCCGUGGACCAAAGAAGUGGAGUUUAUUGUGUCAACCAACCAAGUUUUGGGACCCGGUCACACAGAAGCUGAACAGCCGAGCAGCUCCAAGCUGUUGGAGGAAGAUGGCAAACGUACCAUACUUAUCCCUGGCAUCUCCAGUGGCAUGGCCACUAUGAUCUACGCUGGUAGCAUAGGGACCCAGAUAGCAAACGAGCUCUUGGACUCCAACAGGGUCAACUGUUCUCCAUCCAGUGGAAACUCCAGUCCCUUCUGUCCACCUCAGGACAGGUCUCCAAAGGUCUCCUCUCAUGCCAAUAUGCCAAAUGAGGAGGUGACUGACUCAGAUACAGUGAGCAAGUCUGGAUCAGAGUCUGCUUCAAAGGGGGCCACAUACGCUGGCAGCGACACACAUAUGGACACAGGAGAGAGCUCCCAGAUGGACCUGGACAGCAUGGUGGGACCAGGCCUCGGUACCCUGAGCAAUGAUGAGGCCGCCAUGGCCGUCAUCAUGAGCCUGCUGGAGACUGAUGCCAACCUGGGGGACGCAGUAGACUUUGACAACAUGCACUGGUCUCACUAGCAGAGAUUCAAAUGCCAUCAAUUCAGGAGAAGAAUUGAGAUUCCAAUUCAAGAAUUGAAAAAUGAUAUUUAUUCUUACGUACAUUACUUCAUUUAUUUAUUUAAGCAUUUUCAAAGAGGAUUUCAUUGAAUUCCUGAAUUGGGAUUUCAAUUCACUCCCAGAAUUGAAAUGGAAUUGACCCCCAACACCAUCAGUCCUAAACUCUGUAGUUUAUGGUUAGACAAGCUCCAUCCAGGGACUAUAUUUUUGUGUGCUCCGCUAUCAAGGAAACAGAUUUAUGUGCUUCUGAGGGACUUCUACGGCUCGGCUCUCUGUUCAUGUUUCAGGAAGAGAUAUCCAGCCUGGGCUAAAACCAGCAAACUCUUUGGUGGCUUACACAGCUGUUUCAAUUUUGGUGUGGAUUUUUUUGAUAAAUUUUUCAAUGUAACUGAAUGUGUACUAAAACCACCCUAGUUUGCCUAUAUCUGGGGAGUCACAGAUCGAUAGCAGUUUGGUACUCAUGGGGUUCCCGCCGGUGUGAAAUUGAUCAACUCAAAUUCAAGGGAGUAGACGGCGGCAUAUGUUAAUCCAUUUCAAAGUAUAUGAACUCUGAACACUGAUCACUUGUGUGAAUAACUUCAAAUGAACCAUUGCAGCUGUGUCUUCACUCAAAUUGUCAUCGUCUAUUAUUACAAAGUUAGAUUGUAUAUUGUUCUGUCUUUUUGCUCUGCGUUGUAGGCUUUUGUAUAGGUGAAUCAAUAUUGCUGCCAUGUCUAUUGCAUAGACAGCAGCAUAACUUUUUCUGAAGUCACACAGAGGUAGAGCUGCUUCUCUUGAAAUGUUUUUAUUUACACUGAAACAGAACACCCUGAAGGUGCACCUGCAGGGAUGUAAUGGAGGCUAAAUGCACAAACACCUUUUUAUUGUGCGAAAAGCAUUUACGCAUUUAUUACGCAACGUCUGCGUUGUUAGCAAUAGCGUAUGCAUUGCCUAUCCUAGAGGACCACAAUGGAAAUAAGCUCUCAGGCUUUAUUGUGUUUUGUCCUCAAUGGUUUUAAAUGUAAUUUAUAAUGAUACAUUUAAAUACUCACUGCCCGUCAUCACGACCAGCGUUCAGCGCUUACCCACUUUAAUCCUUUAAACCCUACAUCUUAGUGUGUUUGAAAUGUGGAGAUGUGAAACUAAUCCAGACAAGGAAAAUUGCUUGCAAACAACCUUUUGAUCCUCGCUUUAGCAAACUAUUGUGAAAGCCUCUUUAGAACCAAUCUCAAUACCAUGUCUGCUUUUGCUAUGAACAGAGCAUUACUUUCUCUCUGUGUGAAGUUUGCACAGUCUCUUGCUGGAAUUCAAUCUAAAUGCACUGUACAUUUAGUUCUGCAAUUGUGAUUACCACUUGAGGGACAAAAAGGAGAAAUAUCAGUGAAUCCGUAAAGACUUGAAUUGUAAUGCCUGUGUGCACUCCUGCAGUGUUGAUUUUAAUUAAAUGUUUUGGGUGAGGGAAGAUCAUGGCUUCAUGUGCAUAGAAUCAAGUAAUCUGGUACAGAAAAGCAAAUUAAUAGGCUGCAUGUCAAACUUUGAUAUUCUUUGGCUCUGACCAAUGCAUCCACGCAAUACAAUUAAACAUUAAAAACAAAUCUGAACCCA